AUAAUUUUUUUCUCCCCAACAAAUUGUGGUUUUCACCACUGGCGCCACCACCGCCACCCCUGUGUGCCCAGCAUUGAGCUGAAAAAUGGACACAACACUGAGCUGAUGAAUGAGCCAGACACUGAGCUGAUCAAUGAGCUCAACACUGAGCUAGUGAGUGACCUCAACACCGAGCUGGUGAAUGAUAAAUGAGAGGAAGAAAUUUUACAAAGAUGUGAGCGUCACUCAGUCAGAAGGAGUAUAUGAAAUUAAUCUAGAUCGUCGCAAGUUGAAGACGCCAUCUGGAAAAGUGUUUCAGGUGCCAAGUGAAGCCCUGGCGAUUGCUGUGUGCACUGAGUGGGAUAAACAGACAGACAAAAUCCAGCAACACACUAUGCAGUUGACGACACUCUGUAAUGCUGCACUGGAUAAUCCAACUGGUAGAAGCAAGCAACAAGUGAUAACAUCAAUUCUCCAUUUCCUUGACACAGAUACAGUUUGCUACAGACAAGACUUACCAGUAGACUUGGUGGAACUCCAAACAAAUGAGUGGGAUCCAUUGUUGGAGUGGUUCAACAAUCGAUACGAUACAGACGUUACAUCCACGAUGUCCAUCUUGCCACCAACGAUACCUGAAGACACUAGAUCAAAGCUGCAGCAUCAUCUAAUGACUCACAAUGACUGGGCAUUACUCGGGUAUGAAAGUGCGGUGCAAUCCUUGAAGUCACUGGUGGUAGCGUUUGCUCUGAUGGACCGACAUAUUCACGUUGAGAGAGCCAUGGCAUUAUCAAGAUUAGAAGAGCAAUUUCAAAUAUCUAAAUGGGGAGAAGUAGAAUGGGGGCACCGAAUUGAUCAUAUGGAUCUGCAAGCAAGAGUUGCAGCUGCAACAUUAUUUGUCCACCUGGUAACAGAAACAGCGCAUAUCAUUAAGAAAAUCGCAGUAUGACACCUGUAGAAUCCAGUGUUAAAUUUGAAUGUGAUUGCUGGAAACAAUAAGGGGAACAGAAUCAUUUCAACACUUUGGAAAGAGGAUGAAGGACUACCAACAAAAAAUAAUUCAUGCAGCAUAAAAAUAAAUACAAUCUAC